AUGGUUCAAAUCAGGUCAAUCGAGUACUUCCGGGUGAAACCUCGCUGGUUGUUCGUCAAAAUCACCGACGAAGAAGGCCACUUUGGUUGGGGAGAGGGCACUCUAGAGGGUCAUUCACUGGCUGUUGAGGGUGCUUUGAACGAGAUUAUCCCGCGCAUUGUAGGAUAUGAAGCUGAUGACAUCGAGCACAUCUGGCAGACUGUAUGGCGAUUAGGAUUCUACCGCGGUGGACCCGUUUUCAUGUCUGCGUUGGCUGGGAUUGACAUUGCGCUCUGGGAUCUCAAGGGCAAGAAAUUGGGUGUCCCGGUGCAUCAGCUGCUGGGGGGCAAGGUGCGCCAGAAGGCUCAGGUAUAUGCCUGGAUUGGAGGUGACCGACCGAGCGAGGUGGAAGCCGCAGCCAAAGCACGUAUCGCUCAAGGCCUUAAAUGUAUCAAGAUGAACGCCACAGAAGACGUCAACUGGCUUGACUCCCCUGCCGUGUUGCAGUCAUGCGUGGACCGAUUGAAGCAGGUCAAGGCCUUGGGACUCGAUGCAGGCCUGGAUUUCCAUGGUCGCUUGCACCGGCCGAUGGCAAAGCAGCUAGCCAAGGCAUUGGAGCCUUACCAGCCGCUUUUCAUUGAGGAGCCCCUACUAUGCGAGCAUCCCGAGGCACUCAAACAGCUCUCCCAACACACCACCAUACCCAUUGCCUUUGGUGAGCGCCUAUACACCCGCUGGGAUGUGAAGCGGUUCUUGGAGGACUCAUCGGUAGACGUUUUGCAACCUGAUAUUGCCCAUGCUGGAGGGAUUUCCGAAACCAUGCGAAUCGCACACAUGGCUGAAGCCUACGAUGUGGCCAUUGCUCCACACUGUCCUCUCGGUCCCAUUGCUCUGGCUGCCUCACUUCAAGUCGCCGUCUCAAUCCCCAACUUUGUCAUCCAAGAGAUGUCAUUAGGCAUGCACUAUAACGUUGAAGCCGGGGACAUUGACCUGAAUAGCUAUUUGGUGGAUAAGACAGUGUUCGAUAUCAAAGAGGGCUAUGUAGAUGCACCUUGCAAGCCCGGCCUGGGGAUUGAAAUUGACGAGGAGCUUGUCCGGAAGAUCAGCCAGGAGACAGAGCCGUGGCAGCCUAAGGAGUUUUAUGGACCAGAUGGCUCCAUUCGGGAGUGGUGA